UCCACCCACUACAGCAAGAGGUCCUGCUCCGACCUGUACCCUGCGGCCACCGGCAUCGCCGUCCCGCAGCCCAUCGCUGACAGCUGCAACGAGCUGUGUGCCCGCCAGUGCCCCGACUCCACGGCCCUCAUCCAGCCGCCCCCCGUGGUGGUCACCUUCCCCGGCCCCAUCCUCAGCUCCUUCCCACAGCAGGCCGUGGUGGGCUCCUCUGGAGCUCCUGCCUUUGGUGGCUCCCUGGGGCUGGGGGGCCUGUACGGCGCCGGGGCCACCCUGGGCUCGGGGGGCCUCUGCAGCUUUGGCCGACCCUACGCUGCACCUGCCUGCGGCCCCUACCCUGUGCCACGCUACAACAAGAAGCUGUGGGGACCCUGUGGCCCUUUCUAA